CGAGUGUUGGGACAAACUACGCAGAAGAUUACCGAAGACCAAGAACUCCUACCUCGCAAUCAAGAAGUGAGCACAAAGAAAUUAAAUUGGCUUGUACCAGCUCGUAAAAACGAUAUUAGAUUCAGGCCCGUUUUUAAAACUUGCGUUACAGCGUUUCAAAAUCAUACUUUUCUCGCAUUUCUUCCAAGUCUUUGAAAUGCUGGGAAUCUGAAAUACUUUUUGUUAUGGAUAUUCGUUAAAGAACUGGUGAGCUAUGUGCAUCAGUUUAAUUUAAAACCGACCCUUUCUUCUCAUCUGACGUUGAGACGAAAGGUUUAAAUCGUACAAGUUUUGAAAUUUGGUAAAGAUAGCUAAAUCCGUAAAAUUUACACGAGAAACACAGAAUUUUGGCCCAGGGGAUAAAGCUUCAUUUUGAUUCAAUCAGUGUGAUUCCAACCAAGUUACACAGAUAUGUUUAGAAGCAUUACAAAAUCUCUACUGAAAACUCUUAAGAGUGUAUCGUAUCGUGAAAUAAAUUCAUCAGCAGAUGAUAUAAAUCAGAUAGUUUUACUUGGCAGAGUUAAUUCUAUUCAUUUAACUGAAAAUUCUGACAAAGCUUAUGUUUCUAUCGGUUUAACAACUAAAAAUACCUAUAAGACUUCAAGUGGUUACUCAUCUUCAUAUGCAUAUCAUAAUGUUUAUGUUUUCACUUCAUCAUUGAUUAAUAAAGUUCGACAUUUAAUUAAAGGUGAUAGACUAUGCAUCACUGGUUAUUUAACUUCAUAUAAAGGCGGUGAUGGUCAAUGGCGUUUCUGUGUUACAGCUAAUACUGUUAGUCCAUAUGCUAUACAGUCAAGAGAGCAUGAUGGCGAUGAUGAUGGUGAUGAUGUUAUCAGAAUAGAAGAAGACGAUAUAGACGACGAAAAAGUGGAUUAUAAAAUGCCACCAUCAUACGAAGUUCAAGUCAAUAGUAAUAACACAUAUCCAGAGGAUAUUGAUAAGAAAUAACAAGAUGAAUCAAAGCCUGUUGUUUCAUAGUGUCAUCCCAUCCUCCAAAGAUAUGACAACAAGACUGAUAACAGCACUAAGUAUGAUUUUGACAAUUGUGUAUAUUUCCAUGCAGAAUGUAUAUAUAAAAAUGCAUUUAUUAAACUGUUUUGUUUUGUUUUACAAUAUAUUUUAUACACUGAAUCAAUUACAAAUAAAAUAAACAAACAAAUAAA